AUGGAGGCAGAGAUGGACGGAGGCCUUGGAGUUGGCCUCCUGGAAGAAGCAUUUCGCAGUCCUGCCGAGGAGAAUGUCGGCCCGGCUCACACUGUGGAGUGGGAUCACAGCCUAGCCGAGCUGACGCAUGCAUCCAGGUCACCAAUACCUGGCAAAGUGCGGGAAGCCUUUGGCCGCGCGCGGCAGCGUGCAAACUGUGGGUUGUUUGCCGAAGGACUGGCCUGGGCGUCCUCAGAUGACGUGUUGUAUUUGUGGGACUACUCGGACAUGUCCCCGAGUGUUCACUCGGUCCCGGGCGAUUCUGCAAUCAUCACGGUUGCACUGUGCCCGGCCAAAUCGGGGAUUUUUGAAACUCAGCAGCCGCGCUGGGUGCUGGUAAUUGCCACCAGGCUAUCAGUCAGCCUUGUCGGCGUGAAUUUCGCUCGAAAAGAGAUUCGAGCUUCAAGCGCGCCUAUUCCGGCUAAUGUUUCACUGAGCGACUGGACAUCUUCAGCCAGAGCUGGGAUUCCAGGAGUGCCAGUCAACCCAAUCCAAAGCCAAAGCAGCUUACAUUUUGUCCCUCUGCAGGGCUUUCGUGCCUUAUGUGAGGGUGCUUUAUUCCAUUCCAUUCAUUCUUCUCCGGGUGGGCGCAUUUUCCUAUUGUCUGGCGCACCACACAUCUAUGAGCUCGUCUGCUCGCAAGCUGGCUGGUAUCGCGCAAAGUGCAGACUGCUACGACAUUCUGUGGGACCAGGCUGGUGGAAGAGUCCGAAGCCUGGCCGCUUGCGGCUGCUAUCCUGUGGUCCUGCAGGCCACAUUCUCACAUGCGAUGAUGUCGGAACUCUACGACUGUGCUGGGUGAUGGAUCAGAUUGGAGGUUCUUCCACAAUGGAAGAGCUGGCCUCGCUGAGUGCCGCGGCUCUGCGUGACCAGGUCCGAGCCAUCACUCAAGGUUCUUUGGCAUCCUUCACGCUGACGCACCUGUUCUGCUGGAUGGGUGCGACUGGCCAGCUUCUCCUGGAUGCCACGACCAUUGCCGGAGAGCGACUACAUUUUGUCUGCUCUGUGGAAGGUUCGACUCGACGAAAGUAUGGCUUCUGGCUUCAACAUCUUGCCAGCUGUUGGUCAUCAAGUCCAAGCUGCCCUGAAAGCCACGAGAGCCGAAGUGUGCGGAUCUCUUGUUUGGAGGAGCAUCCGGAUCCAUGCUUCUUCGCACCUGGUGCUGAUGGUGCUUCGACACUGGGCUCCGUUUGGCUGUGUGCAGCUUUGCGAAGGGCCGGCGCAUCAGCAUCAGAUCUCGCAGUGUCGGUUCGGCUGAAUGGCGUGCCACACGACUUCCAGCCAGUGAGUCCCAACCAGGCAGUGGAGAUGCAGGGUAUGCUCAGUUUUGAUGCUCCAGUGCUGGCCAUUGCUCAAGAAGAAUCACAACCUACUUGCCAGAAAUUCGCUGUCCUCCUGGCUGACCGUGUGCAGACGGUGACCAUUGGGCACCAGGCAUCGGCAGCGAAGAGAGCACCGGCGGAAGCAGCGGAAUGUUGCCUAUUUCUUCAGUCCUUAACUUCCGGCGCGGCGUCUGGUGGAGUCACAGGCAGCCGGAUCCAAUACGACUGGUGCUGGAGCCUCGACGACGCGCGGUUCCCGACCUUCGAGGAGCAGCGACGCGCGCAACUUCUAAACCAGGCUGUUCCAAAGAUGAUCCUGGGUCGCUGGCCUUCGGGACUAUUGCGUUUUCUGUCGGAGACGCUGCGCAGUGUUUGGACUCGGCCCGUGCUCUUGGCACCGGCCCGUGUCGUGGAGGUCCCUUCGCUGCCGCUCAGCCUGUGCCGCAAGAGACGAAGGUGUGCUUCGCCCCCGAUUGUCGCGAUCAGUGAAUUGGCCGCGAGAAAAAUCUUCUCGCAGCUUCAGCCAGUGAUCCAGUUCGUGGCAAAGGGGCUGGCGCACAAUGCCGAAGAACAGGUGCCGUUCGGCACACCCUGCUCAGCGGCGAUGCGUGCGCAGCUCUACGUGAAACGUACUGAGGCUGCGCAUGCACCGUCCAGCUGCGACUCAGCACAAGCGCGCGUGAGAAGGGCAAUGCUGGAGCUCUUGGAUGUGAUGGAUCGAACUCGGCAAGUUCUGGGCCUGAUCAUAAUACUACACAAGUCGGGACGCACGCAAGCUGUACUGGACAGCGCACCGCUGCAAGAGCAUGAGCCAACAACUGCUUCACAAGGGGCGGCAGAACCGGCAGAUGUCUUGUUGCCGACUGCUGCAGCUUUGCUUCUCAGCCGGUCCUUACGAGACUUGGCGCUGUCUCCAAGUGCACUCUGGCCUGCUGUUCAACUAUGCACUGCUCUGGUUCUGCAGGCAGUGCAAGGGAACGCAGAUGAUUCUCCAGAGCAAGAAGGCUUUGGCCGUUCAGCUGUCGGACUUCCACACCAUUCAGAAUCGGACAGCAUAUGCAAAGAGUUACAGGACGGAUGUGGGCAGUCACGCGCAGCCGUGCAUGCAGUAGAAUCUUGGAUCAUCGCGGCUGUUUUGGCUCAGUACAUGGAUCUUGCGUUCUGUUCUGAGACGCGACGCAUGGCGGACCAAAGCAUACCUCCUGCAGAGCUGAAGCAGCGACGAAACAGUUUGAACGAGUCGAGGUUGAAGACCGCGCGCCUGUCCGUCUCCGGCACUUCGCAUACUCCUCGUCCGGAGCGGAGUCAAGGCCGGACCAAGCGUCAAUUGGACAAGCGACCAGUUUUGCGGCUGCUCGCAGAACUUGCCCCCGCGCUCAAAGAAGAGAGAAGCACCGCCGACAGUGCGUCUGAUGUGUUCUGGCUUGCUCUGGCAGUGGCAACCACAUCCUUGGUGUUCGUACGACGCGACGAUGGUGUCUGGGAUUCGAUCCUUGGUGCUGCGCUGCUUUGCGUCUUCUGGUACAUCGGCCAGUGCGGUGGCAGAUUUCUUUCCCAGCACUGGAAGUACUUGCCCAUCCCUUCUGCAGCGGAUGUCACCACUUUCGCCGUCCUCUCAGCCUUGAGGUCCUCUGUGGAAGGCUUGGCAGGACCACUGGCAAGCGUCUUCUUCUUGACCUGGGAGCGCUCGCCACGGAGCACAGACGAUGCUCAGGGCUUCUGGCUGCGCUGGGUGCCAGCACUCCGUGAUGCAUCAAUGCUGCUGUUGCUGGCUCGCAUGCUGCGCGCUGGGGAAACCGCUGCCGAGCUUCUGUACAGCAGCCGGAUCCUCACCACACAGCGGUCGGAAUUGUGGCAAAAUACCCGUGAGCGGCGGGUGCUUGCAGUAUUGAGGGGUGCAGUGGAGAAGCAAAGCAGCGAGGAAAAGCCCGACGAGAAGUCUCUGCUGGACUUGGACGACUCUGUGCCAUUGGCCUUCGAGCGUGCGUGUGCCGAGCUCAUCGCUUCCGGCAGCCCAGGCUCUGAGCUGUGGCUGAGCCUGGCCUCUUUGGCCGAAGGGGAGGAUGAAGAUAGUGACGACUUCGCAGAGUUCCGAAUGAAGCGCGAGACUAGUGGCUCCAGUGCUCAGGAUGUUUUCAAAGUGGACGGCGUGGUGCUUGAGCCGGAGCAUGUGGCUGCUGGCGCUCGUGCUUUGUACCGAAAGCUAGCACCACAUGGACGGCUGAAUUUCGACAAGCUGCAUACGGUCAUCGAGAAUGACAUUGAAACCGAUCGCUUGUGGGCAUUGCUACAGGCACUGGAUGAAGAGAGCGACGUAGCAGUGAAACAUGCUGGCAAGACGGUCAUGGAGAGAUCCAGCUCCAUGCCAUUAGAUGGCUCGGAGAGCCAGUCAGCAGAGCCCAAGAGUCGCAGCCGCAAGAUCAAGAAGACAAAAUCCUCUGGACACAUUGAUCAGACAGUUGGAGUUGACGCAUUUGUGCAUUUGGUCGUGUCCACCUACAAAGAGGCUGCAAGACUGGUAUCCACAGUGGGAGAGCACUCAGCUGUAUUUGCGCUGUUUUGCAGCGUCCUCUCCCUGCUUCGACUUUCGGUCCUCGUAGUCGUAGCGGUGGGACGCUUUGCACCGAUCACGGUGCUACAAACAUUGAGCUGGCUUCUCUCUUCGGUACUCCUGGCAGUGUCUUUUGCUUGGGGUCCAGUCUUGCUGGAUAUCUUGCAAUCUUUGGUGCUGCUUCUGCAUGUGAACCCUUUUGACACUGGCGACAUGAUUGUCUUCCGCGGAAACUAUCUGCAAGUACAGCAGAUCAAGCUUCUCAACACAGUGUUUCGGGAUCUCUGCGACGAGGAGAUCUACAUCCGCAACUCUGUGCUUUAUGCCGAUUGCGAGGGAAUUCUCAACAUCCGCAGAUCUGGAAGAGCAUCUGCAGCCAUUGAGCUUUUGAUUCCACCGCAAUCUGCCACAAAGCCGAAUCUGAAAGCACUUACUGCAGCCGCUCGGCGAUAUGCGAUGGCGCAUCCGGAAACGUGGCAAGAGCAAGUCUCUGUUGGAGUCUUUCCAACAAGCCAGCCUGGAGCCGCAGUAGUUGUUGGAAUGGAGGCCUUUCCGAGUCAGGGUAUACGAUUGCGCAUUUCAGCUACGCAUCAGCUGUCCAAGUUGCAGGACUGUUGCCCUGCCAUCUUCUCUCAGGUUGAUCUCAAACGAUGCUUGAGAAGAGCCGACUGGCAGUCGACUUCCUCCAAGCAGGCAUUGUCCAUGUUGCGGAGGUAUGCGGGCUCCUUGCCGACGGGAUCAUCUCCCCCAGAGUGGCAACUUCUUUGUCGAGGAAUCCGGGCUUUGGCUUCAGAGGAGCCUGGCAUGGCUGCAGAGCUCUGUGCAGAACGCGUGUGCAAGCUGGCGGAUUCGGAAGAGCGUUGCCGAGAUCUCAUCUCCUCCCUUCUGGAUUCUAUGAGCCUGGAAAGGUUGGCUGAGGCAGCCACAGCUUUGGAGGUCUUUUUGAAGAGGAGUCGUGCAUCAGCGUGCAGGCUUCCAGGUUCCAACGAGCCCGUCUUCCACCACAUCACCUUCGAUCAUCUGUUAAGUACGCCCAGACUGCACUCUCUCCUGGAGGCCAUCCUGAACACGAAUGCCGCCGAUGUCAAGGCCAUACUACAGCGACGCUCUGCAAGCAGCCGGACGGCGUCGGAGCUGCUGUGGAGGUACUUUCAGCGGCAAGGCCAUGAGAGGCCUGCAUGGGCGCAGCUACAGCGUUUGGUCGAGGCACCUGAACAGUUCUACAACUUGAAAGACCGCAUCAGAUACCUCCACCUCGCGCAGGAGCAGCGCAAGAGCGUGAGCUCUGCGUCUUUGCAAGAAGAGCUUUCGCUGAGAUUGGGGGCGGCCGAAAAGCUCCAGCAACCCUUGCUGCAG